AUGUCUAGUUUACCGAGUGGAAUAGACAUGUCAACAUUAAUGACACAACAUUCAGUAUUAGGUGCGAUACCGCCGGCAUUUUUUUUAAGAGCAUCCGAAAGAUAUCAGAGAACUCCAAAAUGUGCCAGAUGUAGAAAUCAUGGAGUUGUUUCUGCUUUAAAAGGUCAUAAAAGAUAUUGUCGAUGGCGAGACUGUGUUUGUGCCAAAUGUACAUUAAUAGCAGAAAGACAAAGAGUUAUGGCAGCUCAAGUUGCAUUGCGUCGGCAACAAGCUCAAGAAGAAAAUGAAGCUCGAGAAUUAGGUUUAUUAUAUUCAACAAGUUCGGGUCAUCCUGUUGGACCCCAACCGAUUCCGAGCACAUCUCCUUCUUCUCCAGAAAUUGGAUUAACUUUAUUACACAGGCCGAUACCGGAUGAUGGACUUCCACCAUCGGAAACGGAAAGAGAAAGAGAUAGCAGAGAUAGUAAUUCCGAUUCAGAAAGUCCCGGUAAUUAUUAA